UGUGUGUGUGUGUGUGUGUGUAACCAUGUUUACAGCUGCAGACUUACAGUAAAUUGGCAUAUUGUCGUGUGAACUAAAACACUGCCACUGGACCUGAGGUUACCUGAAAUUAUUCCUUCACAUGGGCCUGGGGGGGUUUGUUACACUGCAAUCAAAGAGCUGUGGGGCUUCCCCCUGCUUGCUUGUUCACAUUAUUUAAUCAGGGCUGGAGCAGUUUUUAAAAAGUCCUCCUGGCUCCAUAUAAAGGCAGCGUUUGUGUUGGGGGCUGGCGAGGCUGGUGAGACUGCAGUCGGGGCAGAACAGCUGUCUGUGUGUACUUUACAAGCUGGUCCUGUUUGUUCUGUAGACACAGGAGAGGUCAGAAGGGUGUCAGCUUUGUCUUCUGUCCCCCUCUACGGCUGUGUGCGUGUGUGUCUGUGUGUGUGUCCGUGUGUAUGUGUGUGUGGGUGUAUGUGUCCGGCAGAGGUAGAGAGAGGUCAGGUGGGUGAGGCAAAGGGAGUAACAACCAAGUGUGGACAGGUGGAGGAUUCUCACUAUGGGAACUAGAAGUACCUUUUUCUCAGUCUCUCUCUGAGUAAUUAUGUCUGCUUAUCUGAUAUAUUUGUGUAUUUAUUUAUUGGUUGUUUAGAUUCAUAAACAUUACUGUAAAUGCACCAAAGUCAGUCAAAAGUGUAUUUGUCAUUUAUAGCUGAAAUGAUUAGUCAAUUUAUAAAUACGUUGAUUGACAGAAUUAUUUUUCUAAUAUAUGUCUAGGUCUUGAAUGAAGUGCGAGAGUUUGCUGCUUUCUUCUGUUUUAUAACAUUGUAUACCACUGGAAACGUUUGGUAUUUUUCGAAUAUGUUUAGUUUUAUGAUUAAUCAAUUAAUCCAACUAUGAUUUGCAGCCUAAUUUACAAUAGCCUUGACGAGAUAGCCAUUAAAUAGGAUAUAAACAUGCAGCAAUAUUUAAAAUGUGAAUAUUAAAGUUAUUAAUAUGUGCUAUACACAGUGGGACAACUACUCAUUAUCAAAGCAACAAAGAAGCAUACACACAUAGUUAUACAAAAGGAACAAUAUGGCAGUGAUAAUAAUAAUAUUUAGUCUGUCCAUCUUCACAUCAAUCCACCCAGCUAACGAUGACAAUACAACACAAAGACAACAAUACACGUUACAAGUUAUGCAUUCACUGGCUCGUGUUCACAUGCAGACAAAUAUAUUAUUUAGUUUUAGUUCAGUUCUUUGAAAUCUGUUCUUGCAUUUUUAAAGUAAAUAAAGUCUGCAGUCUCGUGGACUCAACUGUGCUCUCCUUGUUGUCCUUGUCGUCCUGUUAUGGGGAAACAGCGGCACCCACGGGCAGACAGCGGGACUCAGACAGUUGUCUUUCACUCAUCUCUUGCUCUCUGAUUUCGCCGCUGUGGUAGCAUCGGAAAUAAUUAGUUUUAGGCUGCCCUCUUGAAGUCAUACAUGCACAUAAUUCAUAUUAUUUAUAUUUAUUUCAAUGCAUUGUGUCAAUGUUUUCAAUGCAAUUUUAGCCAAGUGUAACCCAUAAUCACGGAUUAAUAUGCGUUCAUAUCGUGUUGUAAUAUAUUGCAAUAUAUUAGCCUGCAAUGGCAUAAUUGUGUUUCCAAUAUGGGAUAUUUGUAGGCUACAAUUUGGAUGAGCUUCAAUUUAGAAAGGAUUCCUGUACAUAGCUGCCAGCUCGCGCCUCUGAUGGAGAGAGAGAGAGAGAAAGAGAGAGAGAGAGAGAGAGAGAGAGAGAGAGAGAGAGAGAGAGAGAGAGCGAGAGGUUAGGAGCUCCAGAUGGUGUUUAAACGCAGACAGAAGGCUACAGCGAGGACAGAGAUAGGAGGAGGAGGAGAGAGCCGCGGUUACUGCGUACAGUGAGCUCGUGAGCUCCGUUCAUCAGCGAAGACAAAACAAGUCUGUAAACCACCACAAUUGUGAAUUGACGGGGGAGAAAAAAAACAACCAGUCAAUGAUGUUCAGCUGACUGUGCGUGUUUUCUGCGGGAGAAGUGGUUCUCUUUCAAACAACCAUCCGAAGACAGGUCGGCGGAGGAUCGGCGCGUCGGCGGCGGAGGAGAAGGACCGCACAGAGAAGCGUGGUUGGAGAGUUGCCGCUCACGGGCUGUCAAGAAACGGUGUUGUUUUUCAGGAAAAAAGGGACCAGAAUUUGAUCGGAUGUAUAAGGACUUGCUCCUGACACCACGGACCGUGGCUGAACUAAAGAAGAGGGCUUUAAAGUUGUCACGCGAGGAAUAACAGGCGCACCCUGCACACAACAGGAUCCGCAUCUUAAUCAUUUGCGGUUUCACACGGGAGACGCGAGGAUUUGUGGACAAAGUAGAAACCCGGUUAUACUUUUGGCUGCUCAAUAACGAUCAGAAAGCACGUUUUGGCAUUUGAAACUGUAUUUUUAUGAUUUUUUUCCUUCUUCUAUGUGGGGUGGUUAAAAAUGAGCAAGAGAGCGGAUUUACAUGACUGGGACAAGUUGUGAUUUUUUUUCUUCUUUUUCACCACCGUCAACACAAGAAGCUGUUUGCUUUAAAACACACACACACACACAGUUCCUCCAAAACCAAAGACAUCAAUGUGCUUAAGGAUCCAAGAGACUUGGCGAGAGAAAUACCUCAUCAUUUUUUAUACCUGGAAAGUCAUAGCCCCGUUUGACCUCCCAAAGGAAAGUUACACAUUUGUGUGUGUGUGUUAGACUGUGGCUUCUGUCUCUUUUUCCUCUCAAUAUUUAAAAAAACAAACAAAAAAGGAAUAACAACUGAACUAUCUAGCAACUAUUCCUGCACUAUCUAAGCCAAGGCUUUCUAAUUUUUCCCAAAUAAUGAGGAUUGAGAUGAUAUAAAACCCGUUUUAGAAGCUAUCUGAUGUGGAUGAUCACCGCUACAAAUACCUCAGCUUGACCUCGACCUUCACCAAGUAGCAGAGUGCAGAAGGUUGGAACAAUGCCAGAUUCACCUGCGGAUGUGAAAACCCAGCCCAGGUCCACCCCACCCACCAUGCCUCCUCCACCCCCGGCUGUCAGCCAAGCAACCAAUCGCAAUGCUUCAUUCACCCCGGCUACGAGUAAAUCAAUGCUAAAUGGGAGCAGCCACUCUCCUACAUCGCUGAACGGUGCUCCGUCCACGCCCAACGGCUUCAGUAAUGGGCCGGCAAUGUCGUCGACGGCCUCGCUUUCCAACCAGCAGCUCCCACCAGCGUGUGGUGCCCGGCAACUCUGCAAACUGAAGCGCUUCCUGACCACGCUGCAGCAGUUUGGCAACGACAUAUCGCCUGAGAUUGGGGAGAGAGUACGCAGCCUUGUGCUGGGGCUGGUGAACUCCACUCUCACCAUCGAAGAGUUUCACUCCAAACUUCACGAGGCCACCAACUUCCCUCUGAGGCCGUUCGUCAUUCCCUUCCUGAAGGCAAACCUGCCCCUGCUGCAGAGAGAGUUGCUCCAUUGUGCCAGGCUGGCCAAGCAGACUCCAGCUCAGUAUCUGGCCCAACACGAGCAGCUCCUCCUGGACGCCAAUGCUAGUUCGCCCCUCGACUCCUCUGAGAUCAUGCUGGAGAUGAAUGAGCACGGCAAGAGAAGGACCCCUGACAGGACCAAAGACAGCUCAGAGAGAGAUGGGUUGCACCCGGAGCACAUGGCCAAGAGGCCGUGCACCAUCAGCCCCAGUCAACGCUUCAGCCCCAGCACGGGUCUUUCUGCUCACCCGCCACCCAAUGGCCUCCCCACACACCCUCCCAACGGCCUUCCCACACACCCUCCCAACGGCCUGCCCCACCCACCCAACCCCCAAGUGGGACCCCAACACUAUCGCUUAGAAGACAUGGCCCUGGCGCACCAAUACAGAGACGGUUACAGACACAAUGAACACCGCGACGCCCGGGACAGACUCCGGCAGACAGCGGUACAUGGAGCACGCCAAGAGGAGGUGAUUGACCAUCGUCUUACAGAUCGAGAGUGGGCAGAGGAAUGGAAGCAUCUAGAUAAUCUCCUGAACUGCAUCAUGGAUAUGGUGGAGAAGACGCGCCGCUCUCUGACGGUGCUGCGCCGCUGCCAGGAGGCUGACCGGGAAGAGAUGAAUCACUGGAUUCGCCGCUACAGCGACGUGGAGGAGAUGAAAAAAGGUGGGAGCAACGGACAGCACUGCCUUCCUCCUCCUCUUCCUCCUCCUACUCCUCACCACAACUCCUCCUCCAACACAGCUAGCAGCAGCGAGUCACUGCCCAUAGGAACUUCCUCGGCUGCUGAAAGGCAGACAGGCAGACAGACAGAGAUCCACAGAGACUUCUUACACAGGCCUCCCUCAGGAUACCUGCCAGAAGAAAUCUGGAGGAAAGCUGGUACUACAAGCAUCCCGCUCUCCCCAGCACUAAAGCACCUCCAAAACAGGCAGGAGGAGGCAGUGAAUGAGGUUAAGCGACAGGCAAUGUCAGAGCUGCAGAAGGCAGUGUCCGACGCUGAGAGGAAAGCCCAUGAGAUGAUUUCAGCCGAACGCUCUAAAAUGGAAAGGGCGCUGGCCGAGGCCAAGAGGCAAGCCUCUGAGGAGGCACUGACGGUCAUCAACCAGCAGGAGGACUCCAGUGAAUCUCAACAGAGCUGCUGGAACUGCGGGAGGAAAGCCAGUGAGACGUGCAGCGGCUGCAACACGGCUCGCUACUGCGGCUCCUUCUGCCAACACAAAGACUGGGAGAAGCACCACCAUGUCUGUGGUCAAGGCCUGCAGGGGAUGCCAGGGGGCAGCAGCGUCCCUCUAGGCACCCCCUCCAGUGCGCCCCCCACCCACUCAGAGAGCACUCCUCCAGGUGCCUUGUCCUUGGCAGGCCAGAGCAGUAUUGCGGGAGGGGCUGGCAGCGGCAGUCGAAGUGUCUCUGCCAGCCCCAAGGAGAGCAGUUCCAGCAGUGCCUCUCGCUCCACAACUCCAGCUACCCCCGCCCUACUGGAGGCCACCUCUCGUUGACGACGGGCCUUUGUCCCUUCCCUGCAUACUGAUGCGACGGUGCCCACACUCCACACAAAACCAAACUGAGGAAUCUUCAUUGCACACUGCUCCCUUUCCUCCUCCCCUAUUUCAGUCCUUAUUUCCCUCUUAUCCUAAGCUCUUCUGAAAAUCUUCUCACUACCUGAUUAUAGACUGACUCAACUGGUCACCCUCCCCCCAAAAAAUACUUUUUCUGUCUUUGUCUCCUUUACAACCACAGCCACAAAUACAAAGAUUCCUGCCUGGGGCUCAGUGUAGUGGUAAGCAUGACACGUGUCUCCUAUCUCUGUGUUCAGUCACAGAAACAUAUCACAUGUGUUUUGCUGGAAACAUGAGCUUUGACUUGAAGAUGUGGCUAAGAUGUGUCCUCAGUAAUGACGGCACGUUAAAUACUGUCUGCAUGAGGACACAAGAUAAGGGCUGUGGUAGGCAACAGUGAUGGGGGAUGACUAGGCUGAAUAGCACUUGUAUUGGAUUUCCCUUUAAUUUAGCACCAAUGCGAGUGCAGUACUCAGCCCUUAGAUGUGCACUACCUGUGCAAACAGUUCACUGAUGUUGCAAUUAAUUUACGGUGUCCUAACGGAGACAGGCAAGGACAAAAUAUACUUUUUUCAAAAGGAUGAGGGAAAGGGAAAAACCUGUGAUGCGAUUAAUUCCUCAGAAACACAGCUUAGUAUUUAUUAAAUGUUUCUUUCUGGCUUUAAGGGAAAAUAAAGAAAAGUCCAAAUAUUCUAAUUAAAGAAUAGUAGUGGUGAUGAUGCGGAUGAUGAUAAUAACGAUAAUAAUGAUAUGAAAAUGAAUUAAUUUUAAACUGCUAACUACCUUGCUAGCGAGCCAAGAAAAUCUACACCGGACUCACCUCUCUGCACCAUUGUGAACCCAAAAAAAUAACAUGAUCCAAACCUUUGUAUUACACUGCCAAAGUGAGUAAGUAAGCGAUAAGGAGAAGCGCUCAUCGUAUAACCAAACGCAAAGCAACAUCACCUCCUCAGCAGAUAAGCCAACCCUGAGAGGUCCAGGCUGCAGAGAAGCUGCCAGAAAGGGACCCAGAGGUAGUCAGACAUUUAAAGAAAACCUGUGAGCUGCUUUGAUCUGCAGCUGCCUCCUGUAGUCUGGACAAAACUACAGCGAUUCCUCAGUGAUGGCCUAGACUAGUGAAUAAGGAACAUGCUGUGAACUUGCCUACAAGAAGGACUUCAUGAAAUGGAUGGAAACCCUGCCACAGUGUGAUUUUUUGUUUGUUUUGUGAAUGGUACCAGAGAGGACAGUGAGGAAAAAAGAAGAAAGGAAAAUGGAGAUGAUGAUACAUAAAUGGCAAAAGAGCUGCCAAAAACCUCAAAACAAGCUUGAAAACAUUGUCCAAGAAGGCAUUGCAUACUAUGGCGUAUGAGAAGAUUGUUUGUAAGUCUUUUUUUUCUUCUUUUUUUGUUAAGCUCCACAACAAGGGGACAUUUUGAGGAAUUGGUGUUACCUUUACAUUCACUCCCUCUUUUUCCAAAGCAUGACAAACAGAUAAAAAAAAAGAGCCUUGUGAAGGGCGGUGUAGACUUGGUUCUCCUCUCUCUUUCUACCUCCCCUCACCCCACACCUCCCUUCUAGUGCUCUUCCCCAACGACUUGACUCAAGUCUGCCCCUUCGGACAGAGCCGUGGAGCAGUCUCGUGGGAAGGGUUCGGAACCUGCUUGUAGAUAUUGUUCUUCUUUCAAAUUUCAAUAAUGUCUCUUGUCGCUGAUGUCCACAUGUGCUGCCCUUGUGUAUAUCCAGAACGAUGGACUUUCUUUUGCUUUUGUUUCCUUUAAUUUUCCUCCUAUAAGUUUGGGCUGUGCAGUGAGGUCAGACCAAGGAGGACACUCGCUUAUGAGAGGAAGCCCAGCAUUGUACUUAUUGUUUGAUUUGUUGUAUCUAUAUUAAUGAGAUGAAACCCCUCUUGUAGAAUAUUUUGUAUUGCUCGCAUUGUAAGACAGUGAGAGGACGGAGGUGCAAUAUGAAGAGAAUUCAGCUACUGAAUGGAACCUCAGCAACUGCCCAUAGGGUGUCAUAUAAUAUAGAUACAUAUAAAUAUAUUUAAAGUAACAUCAGUAACUUAAUGUGAAUGUACAUAGUAUUUAAAGAGGUCCAAAAAUGUGUUUGCCAAAUAACAGAAACCUUUAAAGUUUAAUGUCCAGAUUAUGAUUUUUUCACAGUACCUUUUAUUUCUCAACCUUUUUAUUUCUCUCACACAACUUAAUCAAUUUAAAUUUGUACUGAAAUCAAAGUGUCAUGUGACCCUGAGCGGAGGGGACUGUUGGUAACAGAGGUAAAGUGGCUUCAUACAAUGCAUAGCUGAAAAUGGAUGAAAACAGAUCAAAGGUGGAUAGACACUAUGGGACUUCUGAAUUGAUUAAUUAAUUAAUUAAUUAAUUAGGUCUUAAUUUACGAUAUUUAAAAAUACACAUUGUAUUACACCAAGAAAAUAUUUUUAUGUUUCACUUUAAUCUUCCUAAUUUGUAUGCAAUGGUGCAACUGGGACUCAAAGUUGUGUCAUGUGCUUCAUUCACCCCAGAUCUGUUUAUAUCCUGCAGGAGGGGACUCAACAGUGUGUAUUGACAAAGAAAAUCCCAAAUAUAUUCAAAGUUUGUCGUGUCUCAGUUUCAAAUUUAGCUCAUUCACAACACAUUCAAUAAUUGUCAAACUUGAUAUAUCAUGUCAAGUGUUCUGUUUCUGCCACUGUUGCUUUUUUUUUUAACAGAUUACUGUUUAUUUGUAAAGAUGCAGGUUGAGCAUGAGCUAAAUAUCAAUUCCCAGGCCAAGAGAGUAGUGUCACAUGCUCCAGCAGUACGCUCGCCUCUGCUAAACACAUGAAUACUAAACAGUCCCCAGGCUUUUACUUAAAGCAACAGAGGGCCAGUAGCAGCCAUGCUCACACCAAUUUGUGUUUGAUUAUUGUAAACUCUACAAAGUUGGCCUCAUACCCACUUGGACCAAACUUGGAAACAUGUUCAUGAUGAAGUGAAUCCUUUUAUUUGGACUAUCUGAGACACAUAAUUCGAAUGAGAUAAGCUACGAGGUAGCCCUGCCUCUGUGUGUAACAUUGUGGAAUGUUUGUUAUGAUCAUUGUGACACGGUGUUGACCUCAGCCUUUUUCUGUCAUUUCCUCUGUUCCCCCUGAUGUCCAUCUCCUCCACUACUACCCCAGACCAUUGUUCACACUAGCUACCUCCUGUGACCAUACAGCUAACCACCAGGAGAGGUUGACCUGGACUUUGAAAAGCUGGGCUGAGAGCAGACAUGGUGGCGCACAAUCAAACGUGAUCUUAUGAAUCUGUCUGAAAAUUAGAAAAACUAAAUUGUUGAAAGGAAUUGCCAUUACUCAUGAUGUAGAAAAGUAUCUAUUCUCACCAGGCCUCAGCUGUUAUGAUCACAUCCCACUAACCAAACUGAUACUGCCGGAAUUUAGUAGUAGGUACACGUACUGUACAGUCGAGCUUGCAUACUACCAAAUUGAACACAGAAUCAACCAUGACAUGUCAUUUGUUGUCCAAAACCAAUAAAAGCACAGACCAAAGUACUCUAUUGCCAUAAUAGGCUUUGACACAGUGUGUAUUGACAGACCAGAAAUAAUAAGGUUAGAGCUCCACUACACCAGUUAACCAAAGUGUCUGAAAUACACACAAUCAGGGCACAAGAAUGAAGAGCAUGUGUAAUGAACUCGCUGAGUUUCAAAUGUGUAGAAUUUUUAUUCAAGCAAUCAAAGCGCUUGUUGUCUACAUAAUGAAUACUGCUUCUGUAAAAAUAAUAGAAGCAUCUUCGUUAGAAAAGCCUACUGAUUGCCUGUUCUUACAGUUACAAAGCCUUGCAGAGGUUACAAAAAACGAAAAAAAAUGAAUGCAUGGUGUGUGUGUGCGUGUGCGUGUGACUGGUGGUGUGUGCGCUUUUGUAAAAAAAAAAGAAAAAAAGAAAAAUUAAAAAUCAUACCUUUUUCUUCUUGUCUCUGUACAAAAUACUUGAAACUUUCAGAGCUUUAAUGAAACAUCCCAGACAGACUAUAGUGGCAGAUCGAUUCACAAUAUGUAGCAACAGCUUUUGUGCAGCAAAUGACCACGUUUGCGCACACUAUCCACAUCAAAACAACAUCAUGAUGACAGUUCCAUUCAACUCUUUAAUGCUUUGCGUGUGUCUCCUUGUCUGCAAGUAAGCCCUCAGAUAAACUAUAACAAAGCCAAACCCAGCAGACUGCUUAUAAAUGACCAAAAUACAACCAAAAGCUACAACUUUCUCUUCAGAUUUCACUUUCGUUACGUUUUUUGUGAUACGUCCCGGCAACGUGGUCGAUUGUGUGUUGGACAUGAGGCUGCAGUCUGUACAGGACAGAUCCAAUUGUCUCUCACUGAAAUUCUCCCUCCUGAUUUCAUUGGACAGGACACAAAAGACCAUGUUCUGUUACGCCGGGUGCAAGCUUCAUUAAGUCGAAUGAUAUUUGUGCCGAGGUGUCAUAUACUUUUCUCUGUGAAGAUAUCAUAGGUGGCAAACGCAUAAGGGCUCUGGUGUUGUGAAUAUCAUCCAAGGGGUCUCCGAACAAUUUACAUCAGCCACUUUUCUGUUGGUUUGACUAUGUACAUGAUAUGGGCAAGACGCAUGUUUAGAAAAAAGGCAAAUAUUAGCAGGUUGGCAUUUGUCUCUCCCUACCCCAACCAGUAACUCUACCAAUGAAAUUUCAAUGCUCAUCCAAUGUGAUGGUGACACGUCCUUCCUGUGAAACAGGCACUGAUGAAUAGCUACAUUAGAAAGCUAAAGUGGCAAACAGUGGAUACAGCACUUGUUUUCCCCAAAGCCAUGGCUCAGGAUGGUCCUGUUUUUACCUUUACAUAAAUUGAAAAAAAGGUUUAUGUUUUUUUUUUUAUGUGUAGGGAAGCAUUCUAUACUGUAUUGUGCAAUACAUUAUUACAGAAAAACAUGUUUCUGUAGGAAGGUUUGGCGCUUUGAAGAUCUUUCUCCUUUUGAUUUAUUUCCCUCUUCAAGAAGGUCCUGUUGCCGUUUUUAGAUGAAGUUAACUGUGCCAGAAGAAUUUAAUUCUGAUUUGUAUUUAUUUCUUGCAUGCUUUCCUCCCUGUUGCUAAUACCGCUCUUUAACUGUUCGCUCUGUUGGAUGUGUGAAGCUGUAAAACAUUCUAAUUCAGGUUAUUGUCUGUGUUGAACAAUGUAACUGUGUAAUUAAAACAUGAAAUGAAGUAUUCAUCA